AUGAAUAACGUUUUGAACACCAGUGCCACUUGCCUGCACAACUUUUUAAUCCAAGUGAAGAUCUUCCCUUCCAGACAGUCAUUGCGCUCUUACCUCGUAAUAUAUAACAUCCUCCUCAUCGUGUUUCUAUUAUUUUUGCUAAUAAAAUGCAGGAAUAAGUGUAGACGAAUCAAAAGGGGGGGAGACCCCGCCCCGCGAGCUGCACACAAGCAGGUGGAUGCACCCCCCGCGGAGGAAAGUAGCAAACAGGGGGGAAGCCCAAGAAGGGGUGAAAGUAAAAGACGGGGAGGAAGCAAAAGAAGGGGUGGAAGCCAAAGUAGGGGAGGGAGCAAACGGAAGGCACCAAACACAAAUAAGGGUCGCGCAACAAGCAAGGGACGAGCCACCAGCAAAGCACGAAACAGUGCUAAUGGGCGAAACGCAAGCAAAGGGAAAAAAUCUCCAAAGGGAAACCCAAUUAGAAGCAGCGAUUUCGAACAAGAGCAAAACAUGACGAGCAGAAUAAACACCUUAAGGUCCAAAGUGAACAAUCAAAAGGAUAAAGUCCAACGAGAAAACUCCCCUAUAAAUACAAAACCAAGUAGAACGACAGGAUUAGAAAUGACACAAAUAAAUAAAAUGGCGACGUCCAAUUCGUUAGGCAACGGGUCUCUUCCGCAUGUUGAUAUGGCAAAUGCUCACUUGAAUUUAAAAGAAAAGGGAAGAAAAAAAAAAGUCAUAUUGAUAGAAAAAAAAAAAAAUUAG